AUGGAAGACGUAGAGAAGGCUAGAGUUCGUCGAGAAAUCUCAUCGUCAUUCAGAAUCAACGCCCUUGAGGCGAAGAAGGAAGUGCUGGAUAUUUGUGUGGAAGCAAUCUAUAAAUUCGAUAAAGAGAAACGAAAGAAAUGGAUGACGAAAAUUGUCGAAACCAUCAGGAAGCAAUCAAUAUCCACGUCGGUUGUCACUCAGGACGUCAUCCGUGAAGUCUUUUCCCAAAUUUCUAAUCGAGGAGCGCAACAAAGCACCUCGUUGUUCAACGUGUUCGAUUCAUUUUCUAUACGUCGAUUUGUAUUUGAUGCAAAUUGUCGGAAAAUGAUGGCUGUUGAUGAACCUCCCAAAGUGAUAUCUACAGUUGAUAAGGCCACUGAUGCAAUCAGGCACAGAUUUCAACUUGUUACUCAGCGGAUAGCCCGGUGUAAACAACUGCAGAGUAUCAAAUUCAGUACAAUCGAAUCUCUGCUAGGAAGUUCGCGAGUGCAAAACGAUGUCAUCGUUAUUGGUAUGCUCACACAACAAAAGGUAUGUUUCGAACUUUUACGAGUUCAACUGUCAAAUGCAAGCGGAGCUGAG